ACUUGCUGUCGAAAUCUAGGUUUGCAAAAUGAACAAAGAUGCACAGAUGAGAGCAACUAUUAACCAAAAACUAAUAGAAACAGGAGAGCGAGAACGCCUUAAAGAGCUGCUGAGAGCAAAAUUAAUUGAAUGUGGCUGGAAGGAUCAGUUAAAGGCACACUGCAAAGAUGUAAUCAAAGAAAAAGGGUUAGAGCAUGUUACUGUUGAUGACUUGGUGGCAGAAAUCACUCCCAAAGGAAGAGCCUUGGUACCAGACAGUGUAAAGAAAGAACUCUUACAAAGAAUAAGAACCUUUCUUGCCCAACAUGCCAGUCUUUAAAAUUGACAUUAAUUCUUAGUACAAUAUUUUUGUUUCAAUCUUAUGUAAGUCAUACAGAAAUUGGAAUACAUUUUUCAUGUUUUAAAGUUCAUUUUUUUUGUAUUAGUUAAUGUUUCAUUGCACAGCAUUAAUUUCUUAAGCUUGCUGUUUUAAUAAAAAAUUGUGGAUAUA